CUCUAUCCGAAGCGGCUAUAUAGUCGGUGUCUGCACGCCACCUCUGAGCAGCUGUAGUUGGCUGUCGUGCUGUGAUACGAUAGGUCAACAACGCGCUCUCGGAAAAAAAAAUGAAUGUUUUGACAACCUCCAUCCACCAACACCAUCACGCCUUUUGCUGGUCCAUCCUUUCCUUUCACUCUGUCCACUCUUUCUCAGCCCAGAACGAUGCACUGUGGUGCAGGGUACUAAUGCUAUUGUUAUUACUAUCCUUAUUUUCAUUAUUAUCAUUUCUUUCAAUUGCAACUGUACAAACAACCCAAACAUCCCUCUACUCCUUGUUCACUCGUCCGCACCCUCUCCCUUUUUUAUUUUUUUACCGUUGGCCCACAUCGUUCUUACUUGGCUUGCGCGCUUCCUCAUCGCCAUUCUCUCUUAAUUACUACGCAAGCCAAGAUCGGAAACUACAGCACAGGCAACAACCUCAGCAAACAACAACGCACACUGGCACUUCAUGCCUCUCAACACUGGCACUGCAACACCUCUCGCUCUGUGAAUACGUGUGCUGUCAGAUCCAAAGGGCAAUCCAACUUGCCGCAAUUCAAUAAAGGUCCAUGAGCCUGACACUGCGCACCUCCAUACCACAGAUGCCGCUCGAGAUUGGCAUGCCGAUCGAUCCGGUCACCCGCAAGACUUUACAGGACAGGAUCCGGUCUCUUCUGCAUGCAAAGACUGACAAGUACUGUACCUGAACUGUGUUUCGUUUCAUGUUUAUCCCACCCUGGAGCCUGUCCUCGGCAGAUAGUAUCAACAAUUGCUUUCGAAACAUGGAUGAUUCGUGGAUCUGAAGGCGGGACUCAGGAAGCGGAUGUCUGAUAUAUCAAGAUGUACUCAGCAGCAUGGAGUGUAGUCGUUAAACUGUAGAAAGACAAGUACCCAUA